CCUCCUCCUCCUCCUCCCCUCCAUCCACCAGCAUGCAUCCCUCUCCUGCUACUGCUGCUCCUGUGCCUGGGCUGGGCGCCGCCGGGCUGGGGCUGGCCGCGGGGCAGCUCCCGGGGGGCGGCCGGGCUGCCCCCCAACGCCACCACGCCGAUCUCCAUCAUGGGCUUGAUGCCGCUCAGCCAGUCCGAGGAGGACCAGAAGAGCAAGAUCGGCCGGGGGGUGCUGCCCGCCGUGCAGCUGGCCAUGGAUCAGAUCCGCAACGAGUCCCUGCUCAACCCCUAUUUCCUGGACCUGCGGCUCUACGACACGGAGUGUGACAAUGCAAAAGGACUCAAAGCCUUCUACGAUGCAAUAAAAUAUGGACCUAAUCAUCUGAUGGUUUUUGGUGGCGUGUGUGCAACAGUUACUUCUAUCAUUGCUGAAUCUCUAAAGGGAUGGAAUUUAGUUCAGCUUUCAUUUGCAGCAACAACCCCAGAGCUGGCUGAUAAGAAAAAAUAUCCUUAUUUCUUCCGGACAGUGCCAUCUGAUAAUGCAGUGAAUCCGGCAAUUUUGAAGUUACUCAAAUAUUAUCAGUGGAAGAGAGUAGGAACUUUAACCCAGGAUGUACAAAGAUUCUCUGAGGUGAGGAAUGAUCUGACUGGCGUCCUGUAUGGUGAAGACAUUGAGAUUUCAGAUACUGAGAGUUUCUCCAAUGAUCCUUGCACAGGUGUAAAGAAGCUUAAGGGUAAUGAUGUUCGGAUAAUCCUUGGCCAGUUUGAUGAGGAAAUGGCUGUGAAAGUUUUCUGCUGUGCUUAUGAGGAAGAAAUGUAUGGCAGCAAAUAUCAGUGGAUUAUUCCAGGGUGGUAUGAAAACCUUUGGUGGGAAUCCUGGAUUAAUUCCUCACAAUGUCUUAGCAAAAAUCUUCUUGCAGCCAUGGAAGGUUAUAUUGGAGUGGAUUUUGAGCCUCUCAGUUCAAAACCGAACAAGACCAUAUCAGGAAGGACUCCACAGCAGUAUGAAACGGAAUACAAUGCUAAGCGUGGUGAUGGACAAUCCAGCAAAUUUCAUGGUUAUGCGUAUGACGGAAUAUGGGUGAUUGCCAAGACCCUGCAGCAGGCAAUGAAGUAUCUGAAUGCCACCAACAAGCACCAAAAAAUUGAAGAUUUUAACUAUACAAAUCACAAACUUGGCAAAAUUUUUCUGGAUGCUAUGAAUGAAACCAACUUCCUUGGAGUAACAGGUCAAGUUGUCUUCAGAAAUGGAGAGAGGAUGGGAACCAUCAAAUUUACACAGUUCCAAGAAAGAAAGGAAGUCAAAGUGGGAGAGUACAACGCUGUGGCUGACACGCUGGAUAUAUUCAACGACCACAUCAGGUUCCAAGGACUUGAGCCUCCGAAGGACAAAACAAUUAUACAAGAGGAGCUACGCAAGAUCUCCCUGCCUCUCUACAGCAUUCUUUCAGCCCUCACCAUCCUAGGAAUGAUAAUGGCCAGCGCUUUCCUAUUCUUUAACAUAAAAAACAGAAAUCAAAAACUAAUAAAGAUGUCCAGUCCCUACAUGAACAACCUUAUUAUCCUUGGAGGGAUGCUUUCUUACGCAUCUAUUUUUCUUUUUGGUCUUGAUGGAUCCUUUGUCUCUGAAAAGACAUUUGAGACACUCUGCACAGUGCGAACAUGGAUUCUUACAGUGGGAUACACAACUGCAUUUGGAGCAAUGUUUGCAAAAACGUGGAGAGUUCAUGCAAUUUUCAAAAAUGUGAAAAUGAAGAAGAAGAUCAUUAAAGACCAGAAGCUAUUGGUGAUAGUUGGAGGGAUGCUACUGAUUGAUCUUUGCAUCUUGAUUUGCUGGCAGGUUGUGGAUCCUUUGAGAAGGACAGUGGAAAAGUAUAACAUGGAGCCGGACCCUGCAGGCAGAGAUAUUUCCAUCCGACCAAUCUUGGAGCACUGCGAAAACACUCACAUGACAAUUUGGCUUGGGAUUGUCUAUGCUUAUAAAGGGCUGCUGAUGUUAUUUGGGUGUUUCCUAGCCUGGGAAACACGAAAUGUCAGCAUUCCUGCCUUGAAUGAUAGCAAGUACAUCGGGAUGAGCGUAUACAAUGUGGGAAUAAUGUGCAUUAUUGGUGCUGCUGUUUCUUUCCUUACUCGAGACCAACCCAAUGUGCAGUUCUGCAUUGUUGCUUUAGUCAUAAUAUUCUGCAGCACCAUUACUCUCUGCCUUGUGUUUGUACCUAAGCUCAUCACACUGAGGACAAAUCCAGAUGCAGCCACACAAAACAGACGAUUUCAGUUCACUCAAAAUCAAAAGAAAGAAGAUUCAAAAACAUCAACAUCAGUCACCAGUGUCAAUCAGGCCAGCACAUCUCGACUGGAAGGAUUGCAGUCAGAGAACCACCGCUUGAGAAUGAAAAUUACAGAGCUGGACAAAGACUUGGAAGAGGUCACAAUGCAGCUUCAGGACACUCCUGAGAAAACAACAUACAUAAAGCAGAACCACUAUCAGGAUCUUAAUGACAUCCUUAGUAUACGGAACUUUACAGACAGCAAAGAUGGUGAGAAAGCCAUUUUGAAAAAUCAUCUUGAUCAAAAUCCACCAGCACAGUGGGGCUCAUCAGACCCUUCCAGAACAAGCAAAGACCCUAUAGAAGACAUCAACUCUCCAGAACACAUACAGCGUCGGCUGUCUUUGCAGCUGCCCAUUCUUCACCAUGCCUAUUUGCCAUCCAUAGGAGGAGUUGAUGCCAGCUGUGCCAGCCCCUGCGUGAGCCCCAGCGCCAGUCCCCGGCACAGGCACGUGCCCCCCUCCUUCCGAGUGAUGGUUUCAGGGCUGUAG